AUGGUUUAUAGAACAGAAGAGUGCAGAACUACCAAACAGGAGUCCCUGAAGAAAAAAGGGCAAGAAAAUGUGAGCAAAGUGAAGGAGCCAAAGCAAGAAGUUGUGAGAUUGCAGAAAGCCUGCAAGUUCAAGAGGAGCUGCUUCGGCGAUAAGGAAGACUCCGCUGCUGCCUCUACCAUCCUCCUCUUAGCCUGUGUUACUGUGACUAAAGUUUAUGACAAGCUGUCAAUGUUGAACAAAGUCUAUGAGCAAGAACUUGUUGCUCGCAGCGUUGAUAUGAUGGCCAUUAAGGCCGAUAUUGAGAAAAGAUUUGCUAAACAGAAACAAGGAAGAGGAAAAAAAGAUGAGGAGAGAAAAGAUGAGACAGAGAAAGAAGAUGAUCAAGGCAAAGAAAUGGAGGAAGUUAAGGAUGACAGAGUAGACAUGGUCAUUGAAGUUGAGGAGCCUGAAGAGGUGAAAGUAACUGACGAAGUUACUGAAAAUAAAAAAGGAAGGAAAAGGAGGGAGGAAAGAGUUAUCCCUAGGAAAAGAAGCAAAUGGAAGAAAGUUGUCUUUGUGGUGAAAGAUGAUGAAGACAAGAGGGAGAAGGAAGAGGAGAAGGAACUUGCAAUUUCAUAUGCCAAUAUGAGAACAUCUGUAGAAGAGUUAUGGAGAAGGGAAAAAACUAGAGAAGAAAAAAAUAUUGGGGGUGUUGAGUAUGGGCAUUUCUUCUCUGCAAGACUUUGA